AUGAAAUUUGAUGUGAAGUUCGAAGUAAAACAAGGAAAGAGCAUAAAAACCAACCCCAAGGCUAGAAGGGUGAGUGAUAAUGAUGCUAGAGAAGACAUGUAUGCUGCGUGUAAGUUUGGAGAAUUCCAGUGGAAAACGUUGCUGAGUCCUGUAAUAGAGGAGGUGAAGCCCACAACGCCAGCAAGGAGGGAGAGAAUGAUGAAAAAACCCGUUGCCAUAUUUCCCAUUGGGAAGUAUAUUGGAAAUAUGCGAGCUGGAAUCGAUAAAGUAGCCGCUGCAUGUAUAUUCACACAAAUGCGUUGUCUUGAUUUUGAAGAAAUGCCUUCAAUUCCUUGCCCUUAG